AUGCGGCCACCCGCAGCUGGGGAUCCUUCAGGACGCGGAAAGCUUGCUGGCGAGCAGUGGAUGUUGGAGGGAAACAAGGGAGCGCUCGCGGGGAUAAACCUUGCAGUCGGGGAUGGGAUGGAGGGAGGGAAGGGGGAGAGCGGGAGGCGAGAGAACAGCAGCGGACGAGAGGGAGAUCAGCCAGCGAGCAGGCAGAGGAGUGAGGUGGUGGUGGUGGAAAGGAGAGGGAAUGGCACCCUGGCCUGGCCUGACUGCGCCGGGAAAAAAAUAACCACCAGCAGCAGCAGCAGCUCGUCGUCGUUCCCAUCCACAAUCCGAAUCCUCCAGCUGAAGCGAUCGCUGCUGGAAAAUCUGCCUGUCAAUUGCUUCAUCUGCUGCAAGGGUGCGCAAAGCGCAGCUUUUCACGAUCCAUCACCCGUCGCCGCCCCCGUCACGUCACCGUCUCCAACGACUCCAACGACUCCAACGACGACGACAACGGCGACAACAGCUGGCUUCGAUGUCAAUCUGAACGCCGACUAGCCGAAACCUAACUCAGCUGUAGAGACCAAACUUGUUCUGCCAUUCACCUCGCGUUCUGACAAAUAAUGGCGUCAAACUCGUCACUUUUUCUGCUUCGGCCAUUUUUUACUUUCUGCAUUUCUUUUUCUUUUACCUGUUUACCUUUUUCUUUUUCUUUACUCCGUACUGUUUACCUUUUUACCUUUUUCUUUUUCUUUUUUUCUUUUUUCCCCGACUACGGAGUACUCCGUACAGUGUAAUGAUCAGCUCUACUCCGUACUGGCUAGGAUUUGUCGCGUUUCAUAUUACUCCAUCGAGUCUAUCCUGCUGAUGAUAAAAACAAUCAUGAUGCUGGUGGUGGUGAUGGUGAUGGUGAUGGUGAUAUGAGAAAGCUAUUGUCGUGGUGUGACGGUGGACUGGGGAGGGGGAGCGAAUGGCAUACGAAGCCGAGCAGAUCCAUUCACCAUUGACUAUGUAGUGCCGUUGACUAGUUAGCUAACUCAGAUUCGCCGUCAACCCGA